AUUAGCAGAAUCAAAACAAUCAUGCACGCUAUAACGUCCUAGUCAAAUUAUUGUCACAAGUGUCCUUUAACAAUACGUAUCUGUGCGAAUUCUUGAUUCAGAGAAGCAAAAUCGAAACACAUUUAGAUAAAAUCUACAAGUAAAAGAGGUGAAAAGGAAGAUCAAGAGAUAUAUACUAAGGAAAAAAUAAACGGUUACGUACAAAUAAAAUACAGAUUAAGGAGAACCCUGCCGAAAAGGUGCUAUGAAAAUAAUAAUACAUGGAAUUAUCACACGAAAUAACAAUAAUCUGUGUAAUAUUUCGUAAUUUUGGAAAUUGACAUUAAAUUUUGCAGUAAAGUUUGUAAAAAAAUCAGAAGAAAGCUGAUCAAAGAAAGAACUAUUAAGGAAUCAGAUUAAGCACGAUUAAACAACCGAAUCUCUUACAUAUAUUGGAAACAAUCAAUUUUAACACAUAAAUACAUUUCUCAAAAUGCGUUCGUCGGAUGAAUUAGAAAGUGACCAGCAGAAUAAUGAAAAUACAGAAGACGAAUGUGCCGAUUUUUAUACUCAGACGAAAAAAUCAAACAAUAACAAGCAGAAAGACGAUGAAACGGAGGACGAAGCUUCCGAUUCUUCUAUGCAGACGAGCACCAGCAAUAAAGGGGAGUACAUUCAGAGGAAACGUAAGCUGAGCGAAUCUAGUGCGGAUCUCGAAGAGAAUGUCGAACAAUCCAGAAUUGUAAGCAGUGAACGUAUAUAUCUACGUAAAGUCAAUGAGGGGGAUUUCGUUUGUCACAUAUGUACUAGAAGAUUUAAAACAAAUGUUAGGCUGGAGAUACAUCUGCGUCGCCAUAACAAAGAUCGGGUGUACCUUUGUGACAAGUGUGCUAAAACAUUCACAACUAACGAAUAUUUGCAAAUGCACAUGAGAGAGAUGCAUGGGAACAAUACCAGGUAUCCAUGCGAGAUUUGUAAUAAGACAUUUAGCCAGAAAAAGUCGUUGAAUAACCACAUGUUGACGCACACGGACUACAAGGCAAUUUGUCCCGAAUGUAACAAGACUUUCAAAUAUAGAGCUACUAUGCUUAGGCAUUACAAGAAUGCACAUUCCACAAAGCCAUAUCUGCGCCAAAAUUUUGAGGUAGAUAUUGAGGUUUCUAGUUAUGGGUCUGCAAGGACCCGGGGGUUUUUGCCAGGAUCAGGUCGAGUCGAGCGUACACUUGAACCUUACUCGACGGGAAUAAGCGGUCCGCAAUCAUAUAUGUUUAAUGAUUCCGUACAGGAGUUGAUGCGAAAAGAAUAUGAUAAAUCCCGCAAGUGUGAACUAUGCGAGAAAUAUUUCAGCACGAAAGAUUCUUUAAAGAAACACUACCGUACUGUGCAUUCCACAGAAAAGCCACAUUUGUGUCAGCAUUGCGGCGCGAGCUUUAGACUAAAAGGAGAACUCGAUAAUCACGAACAAUAUUGCAAAGACUUGCAAACAUCAACAAGUCGAAAAGCACACUUACGCGACUGUGAAGAUAACAAUGGUAAAAGUAAAGGUAAGGGUAAAGACGAUGGAAACUCCGAGAAAAUGUCUUACAAGUGUGAAUGCGGCUGUAGCUUCAAGACUCAAAAUCAGCUCGACAAUCACCGUAGCUCAUCUCCCUACGCUACAUGCCAUCCAGAUAAUACUGAUUCCGAUUGAAUUUCGUAUAAUUAAAAUAUUUUUCAAUGUCUGAAACUCAUAAAUUAUUGUUCUAUUAAUAAUUUUCUAUAGUUACAUGAUACAAUUGAAAUUAAAUAUGAA